AAACUCUUUCUAAUGAACAUUUUAAGGCUGUCAAACGAUUAAUCGCAACCAGAAUAAAAGUUUGUGUGUACAUAAAUAUGUCUGUGUGGGCUGGGACGAUAUAUCGUGCAAUUCUUAUGCUCAGUUUCUCAAUGAAUUACGGUUAAACGCCACCACAUCCGAAAGCCAGGGGGCGCUCUCGCGCAGAAACUCCAAAUACGGGACACAGAAGAAGUUUAUUUACUCGCAUAGGUUGCGUCCGAAAUCCCCUACUUCCAUACUAUAUAGUAGGUGAAAAUGAGUAUGAGUCAUGAAUAGUAUGUCCGAAACUUCAGUAUGCGAAAAAAACAGUAGGUGAGAAAUACCCGGAUGGUCUACUACUUCCGCCGAGAUUCGUGAGUGAGGAUCGGAUGGACACUUCUCUAUCACAUGAUGCCACGGGAGCUGAGCAACGGUCAAAUUUCAAAAGUAAAUGAAAUAAAUAUAGCGCUAAACUUUAAGGCGGACGUCUGUUUUUAAUGUAAGCGCCAAUAAAUUAAUUUCUCGUGACUAUCAACUCUCACGUGUAGGUUGUUGUUAAUACGUCAUAGGUCAAAGAGCAUACGAGUCACAUGACCAUAAAACAUGGCGGACAUAGUAUGUCCGAAAUGUAUUCCUCACUCAUACUAUAUAGAACGUACUGUUUCGACGGCCGAUAAGCACACUUAGCAAGUACAAACAUAUACAGUAACGUUAAUUAAUGUGGUGUUUCUAAUUAUGUGAUAAAAACCAGUUUUACAAAAUACUCUGGAUUUUCCCCAAUAAAAUGUGUAACGCUACGUUUUACUACGAAAUGAUAUGUAAUAUCUAAUUAUAUAGUCAAGUCAGAUUUAUUUUUAUAGUGCUUUAUUUGUAUCGUAUCAAAGCAGCUGUACCCAAAAAAAGCAAAAACAAAAGAAAAACACAUGUUAGCCAAACGUAGAAUAAAUAGAUAACCUUAAACAGUAGUUGUAUAACUUACACUGGAAAGCUUUCCGAAACAUCUCGCGAGACCCUAGCAAAAAUGUUACGAUAUAUCCAGAACGUGAUGCAUGAUGGGAGACACUUACCCCUGAAUACCGCUCGGAAGCGGUUUUCAAUAUAGUGUGGGUUUAGUGUGUUUGUAAGGGCACUGCACUUUGGCGUUUCUAAGACAUUGGACAGACUUGUGAUCUUACUUCAUGUCGCGUGCACGUGCUCUCAAGUGGUCAAGACCGCAAGUGGAGGUAUUUGGACGCAGCCAUAGUUCCAGGAAAUGCCAAUGGUCAUAUUCUAUCGCUGUUCUUCAAACCUUUUGAGUUAUAAGGAAGCACAGGAGGAGUUGCUGGAGUUCCAGGAAGGGAGCAGAGAGCUGGAGGCCGAGCUGGAGACACAACUGGGCCAAGCUGAGAAUCGCAUCAGAGACCUGCAGUCAGACAACGAAAGAAUGCACCACGAGCUCGAGUCGCUCAGGGAGAAGCUGGAGCAGCAUUAUUCCCAGAGCUAUAAGCAGAUCUCCAUGCUGGAGGAUGACCUCAGUCAGACUCGAGGCAUUAAAGAACAGCUGCACAAAUAUGUCAGAGAGCUGGAGCAGGCCAAUGAUGACCUGGAGAGAGCUAAGAGAGCCACAAUUACGUCUCUGGAGGAUUUCGAGCAGAGGCUGAAUCAGGCCAUAGAGAGGAACGCGUUCCUGGAAAGUGAACUGGAUGAGAAGGAGUCUCUCCUUGUGUCUGUACAGAGACUAAAAGAUGAAGCCAGAGACCUGCGGCAAGAGCUUGCGGUGCGAGAAAGGCAGCCGGAGAUGACAAGGAUGUCCGCUCCCAGCUCUCCAACUCCUGACAACGAUAAAACAGACUCGGCCGUCCAAGCCUCUCUCUCCCUGCCUGCUACGCCUCUUAGCAAGAACCUAGACAAUGCUUUCUCCAACCAGACUGUUCUGGUCACCAGCAGCACCAGUUCAGCCCUCACUCCAUCUGCUAGAAUAUCAGCCCUCAAUAUUGUCAGUGAUUUACUGCGCAAAGUUGGGGCAUUGGAGUCAAAACUCGCAGCUUGUAGAAACUUUGCCAAGGAGCAGGCAGCCAGGAAAAACUAUGUCACGAAUGUCAACGGCAAUGUGAUUAAUGGAGAGAUGGGAAAUUACUCUCACUCGCUUCACACAUCCUACUACGAUAAAGCCAGGACAGUGAAUGGUUUGGACCCUGGUUCCGUGACGAACAUCACCGCCCCUCCACGCUCCAACUCUUCGUCAAGCUUUGUGCUCAGCGUGUGACCUUCAGACCCUCAAAUACACAACAAAGAACUACUAUACAGCAAUAUACCAAUUAAUUUUAAUAAACUACUGAUGCUGUCUUUCUGGAUUCAGAUUACAGUGGGUUCCAACGGGGUUAGUAGCAGCACCUAAUGAUUUUUCUCUCUGUUGGAGUGUUCUACACUUUAGUCGAGUAAUUGUUAAUAGUUCCUAAAAUAAUAGUGUAUAUCAACAUCUAAUAUAUUUAUGGUUGCUGUUUGUAAAGAUAUGAACUUAUAUGUACAUAUUUAGUUACGUUCUUUCUGUUCUUUUCAAAUGUCUUUUACCACGUUCCAGUGUAUUUAUUGCUAUGUUGUUAUAGAUGGCAAUAUUUGUGGAAUCUGCUUAAAGGGAACUAAUAUUCGUUUGCACAUUAUAUGUGUUUGUGUAAGAAGGUGGAUCUGAUAUACAUAUAUAUAUAUAAUAUACUGUAUAUUGAUAUGGAAAGAAAAUGAAUGUGUAAAUUGGAAGAUUAGACUUUAAUAUGCACUUACCGUACAUGUGCCGGUAACUGGUUUCCAUAUAAUCCUUGUGUCUUAAUCUUGACUCACAAGGUCAGUUUAGAGUCUUUAAUGUGUGCCUCACAUGGGUGAUCUUCCUGUGUUUCGUCCUUUUAAACAUUUGACCUGGUGCAAGUGUGACAAAGUAGGAUUUGGACAGGAAUGAGGAUACAGCAGGUUUAAACAUUGUACUGGUAAUACUGACAAUCGACUGACUAAUAUGACACUCAGGUUGGUUUCCCAGCCCCAUAGUAUUUUAAUUCAAAUGUGCACACCUUCAUUUUUAUAGACUUUUCCUGGUGAUAAAUGACAAAUCCUAAUCAGUUUGGUUUGAAUAGUGCAAUGUGUUCCAGGUGCACUUUGUUAUUUUGUGAGCUCAAAUAAAUGGUUGUGUUCUCAGUUACA